CACCUGCUCUGCUCUCUCCUCUCCCACCCACCCCCUCCACUCUCGGCAGCGCCAAGAAACCAAGAAAACCCACUUGCUCGCCGCCGGCUGUCCGCCGCACCCCCACUACCGGCGGCCGCGAUGGAGUUCUUCCCCAACAGGAUCCACGUGCGGCUGCGGAACCGCGUGACCGGCGCGUACCUCCACGCCGAUGAGGACGGGGUGGGCGUGUCCCUGCGCAGGACCCGCGCGUCGUUGAACGCCGCGUGGGCGGUGCACCGGGUCGUGCGCCUCGGCUUCACCUACGUUCUCCUCCAUAGCUCCGCCAACGGCCGGUACCUCGCGCUCUCAGCCGACCAUGUGGCGCCGCGCGGCCACCGCGGCCGCCGCGUCGUCCAGCGCGACUACGACGAGGUGGAGCUGAGCGCCGUCAUGUGGAUGGGCGUCAGGGUGGUGGGCGGGAUCGGGGAUUACGCAUUCCUGCGCCACGUCUCCUAUGGCCACCUUCGCGCCAACGGCAAGUUCCGCACAUGGCACAACGGCGUCACCGUCGACUUCUUCAACAUGAGCAACAUGAUGCAUUGGUUGGUCGAGGCCAUCCCCCCGAGACCGGCGCCGCCAGUCCUUCCAGUUCCAUGUCCUACUCAGAAUCUAGGAGGCCGUCACGGCCUGUUCCGCCGGCGCGUGCAGCCCGUGGUGGAGCGGUCGCGGGUCAUCCGGUGCUUUGGGGCGAAUGGUCACGGGAACUUCGAUCAGCUCGGCGCGUUCCAGUUCUACGGCCGGUCCGUGUACAACCUGAGGAACGAGGUGGCGCUCCGUGUGGGCGAAGAGAUCUUUUCCGGCAUCACGGUGUGCGUGCGGGCCGGCUGGUACGGGCGGCUGACCCCUCUGGUCAUCGACCUGCCUGAGAGCGAGGAGGACAUGGACAUCGUUGUCCUCAUCACCGGGUCUCCAGGUGAAAGCUUUGCUACUUCCCAGCGGCCUGUGCAGCAUUUGUUAUCUGCUUCUCUUCUGAUGAUGAAAGCGGCUGAGGCGUUGCGGCACCCGGAUGUUGAUGCACCCUAGACGCAUACGAGAGGACUUCUGACAACAACUUCUCAAUUCAUCUCUUCAAAAAUCAAAAGUGUUGCUUCUUCGGAUAGAAAGACAUGAUAGAUAAUUGGCUGUCCUUUUCUUUGUUUAGAUAGUUUCAGAAAACUCAGCAACUCUUCUGUUUCUGGUAGUUAGGUUCGAUGAUUCUCCUGACCGGAAGCAGUUUGUGUCUUUCAAUUUCAGAAUGCUGAAAGUAUUAUGUCAAAAUACUGUUUGAACUAUUUUG